GACCUGGCCACUUGAUUGGCAUCGAGUACGCGCGGAUAGUUCGCUGCGGGACCAGGAUCGCUCAGGGGGGUUUGAAUUUCUCGCCGGGACGGUGAAGGACUGGUCUACUAUCAGCAGACGAUUCAAGGUUCUGCUGAGGCGAAUGAGCAGCACAUAGCAGCAGGGAGAGAACGGGGUACACCUGGACAGUGAUGCAGCAGGUGCUAGAUAACCUCGGGGCUCUGCCCACCUCUACUGGAGCCAAAGACAUCGACCUCAUCUUCCUGCGCGGGAUUAUGGAGAGCCCCAUCGUCCGCUCACUGGCCAAGGCUCACGAGCGCUUGGAGGAUGUGAAGCUGGAGGCGGUGCAGGAUAAUAACAUGGAGCUAGUGACCGACAUCCUGGGAGAGAUCAGCGGCCUCAGCCCCAGGGAUGACAGCGCUGCGGAACUCUCCAGAAUCCUGCAGGAGCCGCACUUCCAGUCUCUGCUGGAGGCUCACGACAUGGUGGCGUCUAAGAGCUAUGAAGCCCCGCCCACCGGCACGGAGGCCAAUAGCGACGCAGCGGCCAACAGCGCGCUGAUGCAGGCCGACGCCGUGCGCAUGAUCGGCAUCCGCAAGAAAGCAGGAGAGCCGCUGGGCGUGACGCUCCGCGUGGAGAGGGACGACCUGGUGAUCGCGCGGAUUCUGCACGGCGGGAUGAUUGACAGGCAGGGCCUGCUGCACGUGGGUGAUGUCAUAAAGGAAGUGAACGGGCAGGACGUGGGGAACAACCCCACCCAGCUGCAGGACAUGCUGAAGGAGUGCAGCGGGGGAAUCACCCUAAAAAUACUGCCCAGCUACCGGGACGCACCCGCGCCCCCACAGGUGUACGUGCGCCCACACUUUGACUACAAUCCGGCCAAUGACAAUCUGAUCCCCUGCCGGGAGGCGGGGCUAGCCUUUUCCCGUGGGGACAUGCUGCAGAUCGUCAACAGGGAGGACCCCAACUGGUGGCAGGCCUGUCAUGUAGUGGGCGGGGAAACAGGGCUGAUUCCCAGCCAGUUCCUGGAGGAGAAGAGGAAAGCGUUUGUUCCCAGAGACUUCGAUGGAACAGGAAUUCUGUGCGGAACCAUGAGUGGGAAGAAGAAAAAGAAGAUGAUGUAUCUGACAGCCAGGAAUGCAGAGUUCGACCGGCACGAGCUGCAGAUCUACGAGGAGCUGGCCCGCAUGCCGCCCUUCCAGAGGAAGACGCUGGUUCUGAUUGGUGCUCAGGGCGUGGGCCGGCGGAGCCUGAAGAACCGGCUGGUGCUGCUCCACCCGACCCGCUUCGGAACCACAGUACCCUACACGUCCAGGCGUCCACGUGAAGAGGAGCGAGACGGUCAGGCGUACCAGUUUGUGACGCGGUUAGAGAUGGAGAUGGACGUCAAAGCCGGCCGUUACCUGGAGCACGGCGAGUAUGACGGGAACCUGUACGGCACUAAGAUCACCUCCAUCCAUGAGGUGGUCAACACCGGCCGCACCUGCAUCCUGGACGUCAACCCACAGGCGCUGAAGGUGCUGAAGACGGCGGAGUUCAUGCCGUACGUGGUGUUCAUCAGUGCGCCGGAGCUGGACACACUGAGGGCCAUGCACAAGGCCGCCGCGGAGGCGGGGCUCAGCACCAAGCAGCUGACCGACAUGGAUCUGAAGAGGACGGUGGACGAGAGCGCCAGGAUCCAGCGGUGCUACGGCCACUGCUUUGACCUGACCAUCGUCAACGACAAUCUGGACCAGGCUUUCGAGAAGCUGCAGGUCGCCGUGGACAAGCUCUGCUCCGACCCACAGUGGGUGCCGGUCAACUGGGUGUACUGAGCAUGUGCGGACGCAGGAGGCCCCGCCCACCCAGACGGAGCCACGCCCACCUGCUCCACACACACGCCGCCCAAAUUACUCUGCUCAGACUCGAAGGGGAAGAGUGCUUAUUUAUUCUACCAUUUGUAACUUUUUACAGAGUAUCUUUCUACGCAUAUCAGCUGGGGAGUUCAAAACGACAACAACAAUGGAAAAAGUUAAAAACUCAAGUUUUGUUUGUUCUCGAUCUGUCUUUUUUAAAAAAGAGCCUGUUAGCCAUUUUUAUCCUAUUGUUUUCUUUACCUCCCAAAUGGAGCUGACGUUUCCAUCGUGAUACAGUCAAAGAAACGAAGAUAGUUUCUUUAAAAUACAUACAUAUUUACCUGGAAAAUUAUGGAGUCAACUGCUUUUCCCAGAGUAUAACUCCACAGCACAUGGGGAACGUUCUGGAAUCUGGGAGUGGCGUUUGCGCUGUUGUCAUGGCAACACGCCCCACAGCGGAUUGGCUCGUGCGAGCCCCGCUUGACCUGCGGCGUUUCUCCCAUUUUACCUUCAGCCCCUGCGCAGUCACCCUUUAAUUAAAAACAGAAAUCGAGGCGUAGAUUAGAUGUUUUUUUACAGUGCUUUAGUGAGAAGUGAUAUGACGUGUGACUCUCCCUAACAACAGGCCUGUUUUUCAUUUUUGUGUUUUAUUCCAUUUCUUUUUUUGUAGUUUUGGUUUUGUAAAGAUUUUUUUGUCUUUGGGAUACAGUACAUGUUGUUUCUGUGGUGAUGGCUUGUCGAGGCUUUAAGAGGCUUUUGAGUUCUGCUAGCUGUGGUUUGACUGUAGCCGUUUCUUUGCGAUUCUCAUACACCGUUUUUAUCUGCUAGUUUGUGUCCCUGUUUUAUGAUUCCUCUGUGUUGAUGGGUAAUGCAAAUACAACCCUGCCCCCCCCUCCCCCCCAAACAAUCCUUUGGGCAGCUGUGUCCCACAGAUCUCCUUCCCCAAGCAGCUGUCCCAUUACUUUGUGAUAUUGGUUCCCGUUUUUAUUUAGAUAGCUUAAUUUGACAGCAUAUAUUUUUGCAACUUAGAAACCUGUAUUUUAAAAAGGCAUUUUCAAUAACAGUCAAAUAAAGUGACCUAAACAUGCA